AUGUGGAAUUCAUCUGAAAUUGAUGAAGCCUACGCGAAUAUGACGCACGUCUCGGCACCUUCUCCACCAUUAGCCAUUAUAUUCGCUUGUUUUACACUUGUUGGUAUUAUCGGCAAUCUGGCACUAUUACUUUACAUUCUUAUUCAUAAACUCUAUCAAAAUUUCAUUUCAUCACAUUUUAUCGCACAUUUAUGUAUUACAAAUCUUGUCGCUUUGUUAAUUUUAAUACCAAUAUUCCUCUAUACGAUAUGGACGGGAGUUAAUGUAUUCCAAGAAAGCAACUUCAUGUGCCGAUUACAAGCCCUACUCACAUGCACAGUAUGGACGGUCAUGGCACUGAUGGCUCUCUGUAUCGCCGGUGUACAUCUACUAACGUUUGCUCGAAUUCACUAUGACCAAUUAUUCGGCUUACGGCCCAGUAUUCUCUGUAUGCUAUCCUGGGUGAUAUCGUUGGUCCUAGCGCUACCAUCGGUCACCAAUGGACAUAUCGUCAUCUAUGACGCCUCACUACGACACUGUGUCUGGGGCCAUUCUGAUUCUGGCCUCAAAUUCCUCACAUAUCUUCUGAUACUCGGAGUUCUGAUACCAGCUGCAUUCUCUUCAUAUGCCUACAUACGUGUACUUGGAAUACUCUACCACAGUCCUAUCGUAUUUCAAUCGCUUGGACUCUACAAAAGCCGAUUUCUCGUCUACGCAUUUCUAUUCAGGUGA